CUUUUCACAAUAAUGAAGGUACUGUGUGCGAACUGACAAUCACCUGCGCGCCUUUCAAAAUGGCGUCUAGACAAAUUUUACGCAAUCUCUCCGUGUCUCUCUUUCGGAAAGGAGGGUUAAAGAGAGUAUUAUCCUAUUCUCGAAGUAUUGCAACUUUACAAAGACAGAAGAAAGAUUUCUUAAAAUGGAAGUCACAGUCAGCUUUUGUGAGGACCAUGUUCAUCCAGACCCAGGAAACUCCCAACCCCAACAGUCUGAAGUUUGUUCCGGGAGUUCAGGUUCUGGAGUCCGGAACAAUCGACUUUCCGAAUCCCCAGUCAUCAGCAUGCUCUCCCUUAGCAAAGCUUUUAUUCAGAAUUGAUGGCGUAAAAGGAGUAUUCUUCGGGCCUGAAUUUAUCACAGUUACAAAAGCUGACGAUGAUUUGGACUGGCAAGUUAUGAAGCCAGACAUAUACGCCACCAUCAUGGACUUCUUCGCCAGUAACUUACCCAUUCUGACGGACGAACAACCCUCCGCAGACACAGCUAUCGACCCGGAUGAUGACGAGACUGUGUUGAUGAUCAAGGAACUCUUGGACACACGUAUCCGGCCCACUGUACAGGAGGAUGGCGGGGACAUUGUCUACAUGGGUUUCGAGGACGGUAUUGUGAAGCUGAAGAUGCAGGGCUCCUGCACGAGCUGUCCCAGUUCUGUGGUUACCUUAAAGAACGGCGUGCAAAACAUGCUGCAGUUCUACAUACCGGAAGUGAUGGGCGUAGAACAGAUUGAAGAUGAGGUAGAUGACGUCAACAAAACAGAAUUCGAAAAGUUAGAGAAAUCGCUGGAGGAGAAGUCGCCGGAGACAUGAUGAUAUUGUGAGACACGUGAUGUAUUGUGAGACACGUGAUAAUAUUGUGAGACAGCCGUCUGUGUUAUUUGACUUUCUUUCGGGUGCUUUUGCCUAAUAAUAAAUGGCGAUUUUAGCAUUACUUGUUGGUGUAAUCUUUUGUAAUACUGUGUUGAUUAACUACCCUACCUUUUGUUUGGGGGACAAAUCAAUGUAGUAUUUAUUAUUUUUCUGUAUAAACGAAUUUGAAAUUAUUGUCUUAACUGUUUAAAGGUUUAGAACCAUUUUAACAAGAGCUUGGACUUUGGGUAGUUGUGUCAAACAGCAAUGUAACGUAUGCCUGUCUAUUUUAUUGCUGGCCACUUAGCCAAUGCUCUUUGAAAUCAACAAGAUUUGUCUGGCUUUUGAGGCAAGACUACGCAAAUUGUGCAUAUUUCGCUUGUAACCGCGUCAUUUUAACUUGUUUUGACGCAAGAAAUAGGUAGCUACGUCCAACCGAAAGUCCAAGGUCUUGUUAUAAUGGUUCUAAGAUGAGAAUGUAGCACAAAUGAAUACAAGA